AUGCCAAAAGACGGUAGACCGAAUUUCCUCGUCAUUGUCGCCGAUGACCUCGGCUUCAGCGACCUCCAACCUUAUGGGGGAGAGAUCGAGACUCCUAAUAUCGCCAAGCUUGCCGAGGAAGGCCUGCGCAUGACGGGCUUCCACACGGCUGCAUCAUGCUCACCCACGCGCGCCAUGCUCCUAUCCGGAACAGAUGCCCAUAUCGCAGGGUUGGGCGCCAUGGCUGAAUGGAUAAGAAAAGUGCCAGAGCUGUUCCAAGACCAUCCCGGAUACGAAGGCUAUUUGAAUCAUAGAGUGGCCGCCCUUCCGGAGAUCCUUCAAGAUAAUGGUUACUGGACUAUGAUGUCCGGAAAAUGGCAUCUAGGUCUCAAGAAGGAGUUGUCACCCUCCGCUCGAGGUUUCACAAAAGUUCUCACGACGCUCCCAGGAGCCGGAAACCACUUCAACAGCGAGCCCCAGCUAUGCGGUCACGAAGACGACAAGCCCAAGGCACUUCUCAGGGGCAAUGAGGGUUUUUGGAUGCGUGACGACAAGUUCAUCAGUGGGCGUGACGAUUUGCCUAAAGACUUUUAUUCUUCCAACACCUUUCCCGACUACUUUCUCGACUUUAUGCGUGGGAGAAACGAGGAGGAAAAAGACAAGCCAUUUUUCGGGUACCUUGCGUUUACUGCUCCUCAUUGGCCACUGCAAGCGCCUCAGGAAACGGUCGAAAAGUACAAGGGAUUCGAUGGUUCCGUUGCUGACAUUAUUCAGAUUUUCGCUGCCAUAGUUGAUCUUAUCGACGUCAAUGUAGGCAGAGUAGUUGAGUAUCUGCGUGAGACCGGUGAGCUCGAUAGUACCUUCAUUGUUAUCAUGUCCGACAAUGGUGCCGAGGGCCAAUUACUGGAAGCCGUGCCUAUCCUUGCUGGACACACACUCAAAGACAAGCAGGGCGUGAUCGCGCCAAACUUCACCACCGUCAUGGACGUACUCCCCACCUUCCUCGAGCUCGCUGGCAUCCAACACCCAACACCAACGUUCCGUGGGAGGCAGGUAGCGCCCGUCCGUGGUAGGUCUUUGGUCCCGUUUCUUAAGAACCCAGAUGAUGAGAAGCUCCAGAUCUACAACUCUACGGAUGAUAUCGUGGGCUGGGAGCAAACUGGAGUUGCAGCGGUGCGGCUGGGAGAUUGGAAGGCCUUCUUCAUGCCUCCACCUCGUGGAAGCGGUAAGUGGGAGUUGUACGAUUUAUCAAUGGAUCUUGGCGAGGUCCACGACCUCGGUGAGUCUCAGCCUGAGAAGCUGGCAGAGAUGAUUGCCCACUAUGAGACGUACUUCCAAGAGAGGGGCAUGUUUGACUCACACGCGGUAUACCAGUCGGCUCCAAAGAAGACUGAGUUCCCAGUAGAUGCGCAUAUGAAAUCAUAUGAGCAGUCCUCGGCAUAA